UCAGUGUUGCGCUAACAGACUGGCAACGCUUGCGAAAAGUCGAGUUGGCAUUUGUACUCGAAAAAUUCCAUUUAAUCAAAGAAAUAACCCAAACGCAUUAAAAUUAUUAAAUAAGUAAAUGGUAACACAUUUCAAGUUCGCGUAAUUAAAAAACAGUUUCGUUCUGCCAAGCUAACGCACUGCGACAUGUUGCACAAUAAUGCCAACUGGCUGCCACCGCCGCAGCAGCAACAGCAACUGCAGCAGCAACAGCAACUGCAACAGCAGCAGCAGCAGCAGGCACCUUCGCUACAUCACGCUCAAGUUCCGGCCGCAGUGCAACCGUCGCAACCGCAGCUAUAUGCCAGCCAAAUGUUUCAGCAGCCUCAGGCGCAGCCGGCUCAACAAGCAUAUUGGCCAAUGGAACAGCCGGGCCUCAGCUAUCACGACUUUGCCGGCGCAGCUCAGCCGCCGGGCUAUGCGCCUCCCGCGUCGCUGUCCUAUGCGCCGGCUAUGUCUGCGCAGCAAUUUUAUCAGCCAGCGCCAGGGCAAGUGGAGCCACAGGCACAGCUGCCGGCUGUCGAGUUGGUGGACAACAAUAACAGUGGCAAAAACGAUGGCUGGGGUGAUUGGGGCGAUUGGAAUGAUGGCGGCAACAACAACAACAGCAGCAACAACAACAACAACAAUAACAACGGCAGCAGCAUCAUGAACCACAGCGAGGCGCCGCCGCUAGCCAGCGUUGUCGAGGAUUCCUUCAACGUACAGGGCCAAAGCAGCUGGCACGCGUUUAGCAACAACAGCAGCACAAACAUCGUCAGCAGCAGCAGCAACAACAACAACAACAAUAAUAAUAAUCCUGAGGCCGGCGAAUCGCUGGAACUGCCGCCCUUGAUGUCGCCCGCCACGGAGCAAUUGUCGCCAGUGUCCGAGCCGGAACUGAAUGCCAUUGUGCCGCCGCAGGCUUUUCAAAAUCAGCCACCACCAGCAGCAGCUGCAGCUACUCCUCCAGCGGCAGUUACACUACCACCACCAGCAGCAGCAGCAGCAGCAGCAGCAGCAGCUCCUCCACCACCAGCAGCAGCAGGACUUCCACCACCACCAGCAGCUGCUCCGGCAGCGGCUCCCGUUCUGUUGCCGCCCACAAUGGAGACUGCAGCUGGGAAUCCCUUCAAGCGCGCUGGAGGACUCAGCAAGCGCGUUAAUAUUUUGGCUACGCCAGGCACAGGAGUAGCAGCAGCACCACCACCACCGGCGCCUAGUGUGCCGGCCGUAGCGCCUGUCCAGAUGUUGCUGCCGGAACCCAAUCCGGAACAGCAGCCGUAUGAGAAUCAGGAGGUAUUGCUGUCGGCGCCAAAUGAUGAGCGUGCACAGUAUCUGCAGACAAGUCACCUGUCCGAGCAGCCCGAGGAGCUUAACGAGUCCAACUGGGAGACAGAUGGACUGUUCCCGCCGCCGGGACUGUCACGUCUGGUGCUCGGCCAGCCGGAGCUGGUAGAGCAACAACGUCUGGUCACCGGCACCGAACAGCCGCCCAGUCGUGUGGCCAAUGCGCUGCACAUGGCGGAGCGUCAGGCCGAUGGUGAGGACACCUCCGAGGGUGAGCAGCCGACCCGCAACGAUCUCUACCAGCAGCAACAGCUGCAGCUGCAGCACCAGCAGCAGCAGCAGCAACAACAACAGCAGCAGCAACAACAACAACAACAGCUGCAGCAGCAGACGCCACCGCGUCGCGUAGUGACUGGCGUGGAGACCCAAGCGACUGUGGUGCUAUCUGGUGAACAGCGCGAGGUGGUCUUGGAUGGCGAGAAUCUGGAGGAUCAGCGGCCAACGAUGCCGCCGGCGCCGCUGUCGUUGCCAGCAGCAACGGCGACGGCAGCACACGCAGCCAGCGUGGCAGCAGGAGCAGCUGCUGCCGUCGAACUGGACAGCGAGUCACAUCAGCAACAACAACAACAUCACAUAAGCAAUGACGAGAACGAGACAAACUCCUCCUCGCUGCCAGCACAACAGCAGCUCCAGCUGCAGCAGCAGCAGCAGCAGCAAACGCCGCUGGAGAAGAAACAGGCGCGCGGCAAACCGCGUCCUGUUGCCUCGCUGGAUCUGGAGUCGGAGGAUGAGUCCGAGGACGAGUGGCUGCUGAGCGACCGGCAUGAGCCGCCGCGCCGCCAGCCGGACGAGCGCAGCAUGCGCAGUCUGCGCGGCAGCCGGCGCCACAACAACAGCAACAACAACUAUGAGGGCGAAACGGAGGACUCGGUGCGCGGCGGCGUUGCUGCCGGUGGCGUUGGCAGCGCUGCACACGCUGGCCACAACGACAGCCACAGCAGCAGCAAAUCGACGCGCGACGUGAAGCGACGCAGUCGCGAUGCGGACAACCAGCGACGACAUGAACCGGAGCGCACGGGACGCGAGCGAAGCGACAGGGAGCGUGAACGCGAACGGGAACGUGAGCGUGAACGUGAAAGGGAACGUGAGCGAGAUCGGGAACGCAAUCGCUGGCGACGCGACGACCACCAAUACGGACGUUCCACGCGCUACAGCAACAACAACAACAACAGCAACAGCAACUAUGAUGGCGAGUCGGAUGCAGCCGAGCUGGCAGCCGGUCAAGCGGCAGCCAGCGAUGGCGGCGGAGGCGGACGCAACAGCAAGGCCGGCCGCCAGAGACGCAGCGGUGCCGCUGACGAUGAUUACGAGGAUUAUGAACAGCAAUCGGCGCCACGUGGCGGCAGCCAUUAUCAUCGGCCACGUCGCGACAAGCAGCACGCACAGUCGUCGCAUCAGCAAUCGCACGAAAAGCCGCGCAGCAGCCGGCGCAGUCACGAGGGCAGCGAACGGACGCGUUCCCAUCAUCCGGACUGGCAGCAGCACUGGGAUGCCCGACAAUACGAGGGCUAUCGCAACAAGAGCUCGCGCAACAGCGAUCUGGACAAAGAGCUGCUCAACGGAGGCGGCGCCGGCGUCGCCGGUGGCAGCAGCAGCGGCAAGCGUCGCAACUACGAUCAAUAUGCGAAUGCUGCGGCCAGCUACGAUCCGUACGGCAUGUACGAGCAGAUGUCGCGCAAUCCGCACGCCUACGCGGACAUGUACGCCAAACUGUACGGCCAGAUGAUAAACUCAAUGACGGCGGCCGUUAACGCUGCGGCCGCAUCGAAGGCGGUGCCACAAUUGCAGGCGCAGGCCCAUCAAUUGGGCGCACCUGUUGCCGGCGUGGAUGAGGCUGCUCUGCUCAGGGAACGCGAAAGGUACACACACGCAUACAUAACACAAGCCAAUGAAUUCCAUCGUCGUCGCCAACAACAACAACAACAACAACAACAGCUGAAUCUCUACCAGCAAACGGAUAUGUUGAACUCAACACUGGGCGAUGACAACGCCAGCCUCUUGGGCAGCGAUACCCACAGCAGCCGCCGGCUCCUGGCUCCGUAUGGAGGCAUCUCGAGUGCGCGUUCGCUCAGCAAUUUGAACUGUGAGGAUGCCUCCUCGGCAGGAUAUACACGUUACUAUGCUGGCUCGGAGUGCAACGUUGAUAUCAGAGCUGCUGCUGCUGCUGUUGGUCUUGGUGCUGUGGCAACAACAUUUGCCGGCAAUGUGGAUGCAACUGCGGCAACAACAGCAACAACGGCUGUGGCACGCCCACCAAGACGUCGCACACCGUUGCUCUACAAUCGGCCACAUUUGGUGGCCUCAUACUCGAUGAGUCUGCUGCUGCGCGUCCGUCCCAAGUACGCGGGACGCGGUCGUCUGCGCAACGAUGUGGAGGUGUCGGCGCCACGCAUUAAGGAUGCCACCAGCAGCUUGCUGCGCGCCUAUCCUGGUCCGUUGCAGGGUCGCAAACUGCACAAGGACAAGAUCAUUAGCUUCUGCAAGGAACAGAUACGUUUGGGUCCGGCACGCGCCUGCACCGUGCUCUAUGCCACACAGAAGAAGCCGCUCGGCAGUGUGGACAAGUAUCGUGCCUCGCAUACGCUCAUGUGGCAUCUGCUCAUCCUGCUGCUGCGACAGAAUGGGGUCAUUGCCGAUACGGAUGUGGGUGAUCUGUUGCUGGAGAAUCAGCGCGAGUAUCCCUAUGCACCAGACGCUGAGGCGGAUGCCGAUUCCGCGGAUGCACGUGUGCACACUGGCGAGUCCCUGAACGACUCGGAUGCGGAUGAGGCGGUGACAGCGGGCGGUGCAGCUGCUGCAGAGACUGAACCAGAUGCUGAUGCAGAUGCGCCCAUGUCAGAGCAGGCGGCUACCGAUCAGUUUCGCAGCUAUGUGCUGCGCGGCAAUGUCGAGGAGGCACUGCAAUGGGCCACCGAUCACAAUCUGUGGACGCAUGCGUUCUUCCUGGCUCUCUACGAGGAUCGUUAUGCCCUCACAGAUGUGGCGCAAAAGUUUCUCAAUCGCGCCAUCAAAGCGAACGAUCCGCUGCAAACGCUCUAUCAAAUGAAGAGCUGUCAUACGCCUGCCUGCGUCAGUCAGCUGCGCGACGAACAGUGGGGCGACUGGCGCUCCCAUCUCUCUAUAUUGGUGACCAACAAGUCACGCCAGCCGGAAUACGAUCGCAGCUCUGUUGUUGCACUGGGCGAUACUCUCUUUCAACGCGGCGACAUCUAUGCGGCACACUUUUGCUAUCUGGUCGCGCAGGAGGAGUUCGGACGCUAUGACAGCGCUGCCACGGAGCUGACCACGUUGACUGGCAAUGUGCCCAGAUUGAUCUUGCUGGGCGCCUCACACUACAAGCCAUUCAAUGAGUUUGCCAGCAAUGAGGCCAUCAUCAUGACGGAAAUCUAUGAAUAUGCGCGUUCGCUGUUCGAUCACAAGUUCAGCAUUGUCAACUUCCAGCAUUACAAGUUCCUGCUGGCCACACGCAUUCUGGACUAUGGCCAACACUUCCGCUGCACCAACUAUCUGGAGCAGAUAGCCAAGCACAUUGAGCUCAAGCCGGACAGUUAUGAUGGUGAUUUUAUACAGCGCGUUUGCUGUCUGGCGGAACGUUUGCGCUAUCACGAUCCCAUACUGAUCAAUCGCGUCUCCUUUGCCAGUCCGCCAACCGCCACAAAUGGCGGCCAAGCGGCAACGCAAAACGCCACCGAGGAAAAGGAGUGGCUGCGUCAGCUGCGCACGCUGGCCGAUCAGCCCCUGCAGGAUCAACAGUUGCAACAGCAACAGGAACAACAGCAACAACAACAGCAGCAGCAGCAACAGCAACAGAGCGACAUUGAUCAGCAAUUUGUGGAUUUGAGCAAGCAAAUGCGCGAGCUAAACAUGCAAUAUGAGGAUACCAUGCAGCGCGAGCAGGAGGCGCAGCAGGAGCAGCUGCAGCAGCAACAGCAAUUGCAGCAGCAACAGCAAUUGCAGCAGCAGCCGACAGAAUACUAUGAGCCGCCGCCGCCACAGCCACAAAUACAGGCAAGUCAUGAUCAAACGCUGAGCAGCCAUAUCUAUGCGGCGCCAACAGAUUACGUUCCCAAUGCGGCACAGCAACAGCAACAGCAGCAGCAGCAGCAACAACAACUGUAUGAUCCCUCGCAGCAACUGCAGCCGGGCACAGUCUAUGGGCACAUUGAGCCCGCCAGCGAGGCCUACGGCGCCCAACAACCAGCGACUGGCUACGACUAUUGGCCCAGCGGUGGACAUCAGACGUAUGGCGAUGAGCUGGCGCAAAUGGAGAGCAAUGAGCUGAUUGCUGAUGACAGCAACAACAUCAGCAGCAACAGCAACAACAUCAGCAGCAACAGCAACAACAUCAAUCUAAACAAGAACAACAAUAAUGCCAUAACAACAUCAGCUGAGGCUGAAGCUGCAGCAGAAGCUGAGCAAGCACAGCAGCAGCAACAACAACAACUGCAGCAAGAGGAACAACAAUUGCAGCUGCUAGAGCCAAGUGCGCACAGCAGCAACAUGGACAACGGCAACAAUCGCUUUAAACACAAUGCCUUCAAGCUGCCCGCUGCUAGCAAUGGCAAGCAAAUUCACUACACAGGCCAAGACAAGGACAAAAGCAAACAAUUGCCACGAAAAUUGCAAUUUGCCAACAGCUACAACAGCGACAACAACAGCAACAACAGCAACAACAGCAGCAUUGGCAGCAAUAUAGAGGAAUGUACAGCGACAACAACGGCAACCACAACGAAGGCAUUUAAUUUGAAUGAUCAGCAACAAAUGCGACCCACCAUUUCGAUGCCAAAAUCAAAGAGUUACGACGACGACGAUGGAGCCACCGCAACUGGUGGUGCUGCAUCCUCAGCUGGCCAUGCAACGUCCGGAAGCGCAGCCGCAACGGCGGGCAAGCAGCAACAGCAACAAUCCGGCGCCGGCGGUUUGCCCGGCGCGCCGGGCAAUCAGAAUGCCGGCUGGUUUGGCGGACUGUGGAACAAGUUUUCGCUGAAGCCGAAAAAUCAAAUGAUAUUACCGGAUGACAAGAAUCCGACAAUUGUAUGGGAUAAGGAGCGCAAAUGCUGGACCAAUACCGAGGGCAAUGCCGAUGAAACCGAAUCGUUUAAGCCGCCGCCAAAGAUGAGCGAUAUGGGCAUGGGUAUGCCAGCAUCGGCGGCGCCACCAGCACUCAAUACAUUGGGCACCGUGCCCACGCCAGUUGCCACGCCCAAUCUGUUGCCACAGCAAAGUGCGCACGAGCUGCCAAACAAUGCCAAUAAUGUCUACGAUAAUCAGCUGGAGUACGAUUAUCCCAGCUAUGCGGCACCAACAGCUGCGCAACCAGCAACAGCAGCAUCGCCAGCGCCUGGUCUUGGCCCAGCAACAGCAGCAACGGGAGCAACGCCGCCCGGCGGCGCACAACCCAAACUUCAAUCGAACAUGUUCAAAAUUAAACGCAAUCGCACGCUGAAGAACUCCUAUGUUGAUGUCUUUAAUCCAUCGGGCGCGCCCAUGAGCUCAGCGCCACAGACUGUGCUGGCGCCCAUAAUGGCGCCAGUGGCCGUGCCGCAGGGCGGCUUCUUUGUGCCUGGCGCAGUGCCCGCACAACAACAACAACAGCAGCAGCAGCCCCAAUAGGAGUAGCGAAUCAUUUCGAGUAAUACGUAAACUUAAAAUAUAACUACGUGGCGCGCACAACGACCGCAACAAUCAACAGCAACAGCAACAACACUUAAGCGAGCGGACAACGACAACGACAACUACAACAAUCACAAUAACAACAACAACAACCAACAACAACAAGUGCUACUUUCUAUUAAUUAUUGCAUGCUGCUGCUGCAAAACAUGUUGGGCAGCUCCUCUGCGUGUGUUUCGUUGUUGUUAUUAUUUUUCGUUAUAUAUAUAUACAUAUAUAUAUAUAUAUAUAUAUAUAUUUGUUUUUUUUUUCUAUCUCUGUCUGUUCAAACUGUAAUUGUAAAUGUGCGCGUUUAGCGAAAUUGAUAAGAAAUUUAUGUACGAUUAGUAAAAUAUAUGUAUAUGUAAAUUUUUUCUUCUCCUAUAUAAAUGAUUAGCCCCGCAGCCCCCUCUAUAAACCCUCUCCCCCAUUGCGCAACAAACCCAAUAUGAUUAAAGCAACAAGUUUUUAGUUCAACUA